AUGAAGCAAAAUAUUAUUCGGCGCGAAUUCUCCCAGUUUCCGCACUUGUCACAAAUAGAAUGUCUUGAUCAGGAUAUUCAGACAUACGCUCAACAUUUAAAUACCCUGCAUGAUGACUUCAAAAAUAAAUUUGAAGAUAUUCUGACUAUAGAAAUACUAUCAUGGAUCAUAACCCCAUUUAAUGAACCGGAAGAGCCGAAUUUGGUAUUACAAGAGGAGCUACUUGAGCUCAGCACCAACGAAGAUAUGAAGGUGAAAUUUAAAAAAGGCUAUCAAACAUUUUGGCUGCAGGCAGAAAUCCCCGAAAAAUAUCCUGGGCUGUGA